AUGAUCAAAGGAUCAGGACAAUUGGAAUUUGAAGAAUUUUGUACAUUGGCCCGGUUUUUAGUUGAAGAAGAUUCUGAAGCAAUGCAGCAAGAACUUCGAGAGGCUUUUCGAUUGUAUGACAAAGAAGGAAAUGGCUAUAUAACAACCGAUGUAUUUCGUGAUAUUUUGCAUGAACUUGAUGAUAAAUUGUCUCCAGAAGAAUUGGACUUAAUGAUCGAAGAAAUUGACGCUGAUGGUUCAGGAACUCUUGAUUUCGAUGAAUUCAUGGAGGUAAUGACUGGUGGAGAUGAUUAACAAGAAGCAUC